UGUCCAAAUAUCAAAAAGAAGCAAAUGGCAAUUUGCUCUCUAAAAGAAGCAUCAAGAAUCGUCGAUCAUUGGUUGGAAGAAAUUGCUUUGGCUUUGCGAGUCAUGUUGGCUACUUUGUUCCAAACAGUGGGUAAAAGUCGUUCCAGUUUGGUGUCAAGUUUAUCCCAAUUUUAUAGAACCAUUUAUUUUAGCUCAUCCAGAGUGAACUAUGGUUAUCUAGGUUCCGAGUGUAACACUAGGAAAACUCGUGGAUCCCUGUUGUUGGGUCUGUUUGGACUUUCAGCUUUGGCCACUUGGUAUUCACAAGAUCAAAAUAAGAUAAAGUUGGACUCCCAAGUAGUUGGUGAAGAAGCAAAGAAACUGAAUCCUGAAGAUUUUGUCCCUAUCCAAUUGAUCUCCAAUACUCCUUACAAUCAUAACGUUGCAAGAUUGCGUUUUGCUAUUCAGUCUGCAGAACAAGAAGAUUUUCCUGCUGUUAGUUUUGUUUUGGUAAAGACUAAAGAUGAGCAAGGAAAUGACGUGAUUCGUCCCUAUAAUCCAGUUUCAGGAGUCUCUGCCAAAGGUUAUUUGGAGUUGAUGGUGAAGAAAUAUCCUAAUAGUAAGAUGGGAACUUAUUUACAUUCUAGACAACCUGGAGAUAGUGUCCUAGUCAAAGGUCCCAUGAGACAAUAUCCUUAUCAACCCAAUGCUAAGAAAGAAAUUGGUUUCGUAGCAGGAGGCACUGGAAUUACUCCUGUAUAUCAAUUGAUAGAUUAUAUUUUAAGCAAUCCGAAAGAUCAUACCAAGAUAACCCUUUUAUAUGCAAACAAGACUCCAGAAGACAUAUUACUGAAGUCUGAAUUGGAUGCCUUGCAAAGGAAACAUAGUGAUAGGCUAGUAAUUCAUUAUACAGUUGAUCAACCCAAUGAUCAUUGGCAAGGUGAAAAGGGACAAAUACAAAAGGACAUGUUGAAGAAAUAUUUGCCUCGUGCAUCUCAUGAAAAUCUUAUAUUUGUUUGUGGACCGCCACCUAUGAUGGAAGCUAUUAGUGGAACAAAAACUCCAGAUAAGAAACAAGGUCCAUUAUCUGGUCUUUUGAAAGAAUUGGGUUAUUCCGAAGAUAAUGUAUGGAAGUUUUAAACUUAUGUUUUGUGUGAGAGAGUUGUGUGAUUAUGUUGAUGGGAGUUGUUUGAAAGAAAGUUUUUCCCAUAAAGUUUUUGUUGGUUGUUCAACAGAGAGAAUGAGACGAUUGAAUGUGGUUCAGAUAGGAUUGUAAUGGAAUAGGAUGGGAAGUGACUGUUUGUUUUGAUGUCAUAAAGAGUGUUUGUUUGUA